AUGGGCAGCAAAAAGGACCAGCCCGAUGCUGGACUGAGGAGUCUGAAUCACUGUAUGCAAGAGGCUUCUUUUCUAAUCCACCCGUGGCUUAUCGGGAUGUCCGCUAACCGGUACGCGUUUGCGACAUAG